AUGUCAAACCCACGCAUAGAAGAAGUCUCGGAUGACGAGAGCAUCGGCGACCCAGAAGAGAUGGACCUGGAGGAGUUCGACUUCGCAAAACCACAGAAAGGAGGACUACAGCCGAAGAGGGGAGCUACUGCCAGCUCAGACGACGAAGAUGAUAUGAUGCAGGAGAUAAUCAAGCCUUACCAAUGUCUCUAUCCUGUAUACUUCGACAGCACACGCAGCCGGGACCAAGGUCGACGAGUGAGCAAGGAGGACGCGGUGCCGAAUCCACUGGCAAGAGAGAUUGUGGAUGCGCUGUCACAGAUUGGAGCUCAGAACGGCGUUGCGCUGCAGAUUGUAUUUGAGCCGACGAAGACACAUCCGAAAGACUGGGCGAAUCCGGGACGGGUGAAGGUGCUGAUCAAGAAGGACGGCAAGCCCAUAAGCGGGAAGAUACAGAACAAGCACCAUCUCUACAAGAUGAUCGCAAAAUACCUCAAAGCACAUCCGACCACCGCCGAAACUCCUAAACGUCUUCAAAUACAAGGCCUGCCCACACCUAAGGAAGCCAUUCCAGCGCCCGUCGUCCCGCGAGGCUUCAAGAUUGGCACGAUCCUACCUUUGCACUCCCCAGCGCUGUCCGGCGGCGGAGUCUCGGACAACAUGUUUAAAGACAUGAUGUCAGACUUGGGCGGGCAGCUGCCGCCAGGUAUGGCGGGGAUGAUGGGUGGUGACGCUGGUGCUAGUGGGUCGCAGCCGCAGAAGAAGGUCAAGGCUCCGAAGAAACGGUAGAUGAAGUGCAGACCGCCGUUUCACUAUCGAGACUCCGCUCCUGAGCUAUUGCUGGGCCCUCUGCUGCCGCACGUGAGCGCCGUGUAGAGGCUACUUAUCACCCCGCAGACGCUCGGUCAAAUGCUCGACACCAGCUGGCAGCAUUACCGCGCCGGCGGAGCUAACGUGAAGGUAUGAGACCUUACGUUCAACUUUUGGGCAUCAAGGCACACCGCGUAUGCAAGAGCUGGCGCUGAUGUC